UACAGUCCAUCUUCCCACAUUAGUCCAAAGAAAAUCUCUGAUCUAUCGGCCCUGUUUCUUCAAAGGGCUCUUUUCUAUUCCUUAAUUCAGCAAUUGGGUCGGACCUGAAAAUGGCAAUCAAAGCCCCAAUCAGCGGAUUAAGCUUGGCUGCAUCACCAUCUUCUUCGUUUGGAGCAUCUUCUCACAGGGUUGUUUUUCCCAGAAAACCCUUCAAAACAUCGUUUUUCAAUGGUGGAGUGGGAGCUCUAAAGGCUACAGGGAUACAAACAGCAAUAUCCAACAGACCCAGAUGUGAUGCACACGGUGGGGGUGCUCUUGGCGCGCAGAUGAACAUUUUUGGUCGGCUUGCUAGAGUUAUCCAGUCAUAUGCAAAUUCAAUUUUAAGUUCUCUGGAAGACCCAGAAAAGAUAUUGGAACAAUCCGUGACCGAGAUGAAUGAUGACUUGACAAAGAUGCGACAAGCCACUGCACAGGUUUUAGCUUCUCAGAAGCAGUUGGAAAACAAAUAUAAGUCAGCACAACAAGCUUCUAACGAUUGGUACCGUAGGGCACAACUUGCUCUUGCAAAAGGUGAAGAGGAUCUUGCUCGUGAAGCUCUUAAGAGGCGUAAAGCUUAUGCUGACAAUGCAAAUGUGUUGAAAAAUCAGCUUGGUCAACAGAAGACUGUUGUUGAUAAUCUUGUCUCCAAUACUCGGCUUUUGGAGAGCAAGAUACAGGAGGCCAGGUCGAAGAAAGAUACUCUCAAAGCGCGUGCUCAGUCUGCGAAGACUGCAACAAAAGUAAGUGAGAUGUUGGGGAAUGUUAAUACAAGCAGUGCUCUUUCAGCAUUUGAAAAGAUGGAGGAAAAGGUGUUGGCUAUGGAGUCCCAAGCAGAGGCCCUGAAUCAAUUAACCACUGAUGAUCUUGAAGGAAAGUUUGCAUUGCUAGAGAGCUCAUCAGUGGAUGAUGACCUUGCGAAGUUGAAAAAGGAUCUAUCAGGGAGCGCACCGAAAGGAGAGCUUCCAGCUGGUAGAACGGCGGUUGGCAGCACAAACUCAUCAUUUCCUUUUCGAGAUAUGGAGAUCGAGAAGGAGCUCAACGAAUUAAGGAGAAAGGCGAAGGAAUUCUAGAUUUUAUUUUAUUUUAUUUUAUUUUGAUAGUAUGUGUUACAAUUGUCCAACCUCACAAUGGUUGUGCUGCACCAAAAAUUUGAGCCAUCUCUUUGACCACAGUUAUGGUUGAGCUAGUUUAGAAGUCGAGAACUGUAGGUGGAUCAAUGUCCUAUGCAUGCGAUGGAUGAGAUGGAUGGUUGGAAUGAUGUAUGAUGCCUAGCCAUGGGCGAUGUCUUGUCUGGAUGAAAGAUGUACUUAUGAGCAGUCCAUGGUUGUACAUAUAUAGUUAGUACUUUGGAUAAAAGUAUAUUCUUCAUAUAAAAUGUUGUACUUUGGUUUA